AUGCCAGCGAUGACUGAGAUAACGAAGGGCUUAACUGUGCAGAAGCUGCUGUCGGACGUGCAGCCAGACAGCAAGCGAGCAGAUAUGUCUAAGAUCGUGGCCAUGUUCAAGAAGCACUCCAAGGAAAUCCACGUUUAUGGAGGAAGCAUUAUCGGAGCUGGUAAGAUGCUCUACCAGAGCAAGAGCCAGAAGCCCUACAACUGGCUCCAGUGUGGUGUGGCUGCCCGAGCCAGCAAUAUCACCAUGUACUUUGGUUGCAUCUUCAAGCUUACCGAUAAGGAGGUUAAGAAGAUCGGGCCCAAGUGUACGCACGGCGUCGGCUGCCUCCACUUCAAGAGCCUCGAGGAGGUGAACGUGUCUGCACUCGAAGCCCUGAUGAAGCGUGCUUUCGCAGUCAAGGUUUUCGCAUCCUCAGACGAUGACCCAGAGCCCUACAACCUGAAGGCGGAUGUGUUUUCCUUUGGCAUCCUGAUGUACGAGGUGAUGGAGCGCCAACUGCCUUACAGCGAACGCUUCGGGAACGACGUAUCGGAUCCUCGGAUCAGCCUUCAUGUUUGCAUGGGCCUGCGCCCAGAAGUUCGCAGCUCAACUUCGGAAGACUCGCCAGAAGUCCGGGAGGCCAUCCGCAACCUGAUGCAGCGCGCAUGGCACAACGAGCCAGACGACCGGCCGAGCUUUCCGGAGCUCGAGGAGGUUCUCAAGGGCCAGUGGGAGGCAUUGGGCGGCGCAAGGGGGCUGGAGGCGCGAUGA